UUUUUUUUUUUUUUCCACCAACAUGGCGGCCCUCCCGCCCGGCGACUUUCACUUCUUCCCCGUCCCUGGCGCCCCCAUCAACCCGCCGCCCAUCGUGCUCACCCGGUCAACGACAUGGACCUACUGCGGCCCGCUGCUGACGCUCGGGAACGACGACGACAACAACAACAACAACAAGAACAACAAGAACAACGACGACGCGACAGCGGCGGCAGCAGCAGCAACAGCAGCAGCCAAGCUCCCGCCCACCUUCGCCGCCUGGUCGGCGCACACGCUCGCGCCGGGCUCGGCCCCGCUCCUCCCGCGGCUCGUCCCCUUCCUGCGGGCGACCCACGUCUUCCUGCGCCGCCACGGCGUCCACCACUACUGGCUCACCCUCCGCGCGUCCAAGCCGACGCACGACUUUGACACGGCGCGCUGGCACACCGACGACGACUUUUUCGAACCCCCUCGCGGUGCCAGCAGUACCAGCGACGACAGCAGCAGCAGUGGAAGCAGUAGUAGUAGUACCCGGAUCCGGUGGAAGCUGUGCGGGACGCUGCAGGGUCCGGGGACGCUGUUCGCGGCGGAGGCGGCGCGGCCGCACGCGUGCGCGGUGGUGCGGUGCGCGGCGUGCGGGCGGAGGGGCGAGGCGGUCCGGGAGGAGGCCCGGGCGGGCCUGGCCGGGGCACGGGUCGCGCAGACGGCCUCGGGCGGCGCCGAGAUCGCCUUCUUCCGGCUGGGCGAGGAGGAAGGGGCGGUGCACUCGGAGCCGCCGAUCGACCGCGACCGCGUCUUCGUCAACGUCGUCCCCGGCACCGAGGCCGAUCUGCGGGCGCUCAUGGCCCGCUGGGGCAUGGAGUUCCCCCGGAGCUGGACGCUCGGAGUCCCCGUGACGAUUCUCCCGCAUACUGGCGACGGGGAUGAUGAUGAUGAUGCCGCUGCGGCGGGCGGGGAGAGCAAGACGGAGGAGGUACUACCGAGCGCCAGGCAUCUCGAGGCGGCGGCGUAGGCUCGGUGUUUUUUUCCUCGGUGGUAUGAUACAAUCUUUCGUGGUGGCGUGGUCAGCAGCAACAACAACACCCCCGCGUGUCGCGGCAACGGAUGCAGCCUGAUCAUGUUUGUCCAGAUUAAGUAAUCGUAUUGUAUGUUUAUUUUUUUGCAUGUGUUCCGGGAUGGGAUGUUGACGAGUGGCUGAACUCUCCUGUCAUCUCUCACUACCUAAUUACCUACCUAAGCUGCUCUCGGCUAUCCCGUUUCUGAUGUGUAAUUAGGAGUGAUAUAGGAAUAUCAAGUCGAACUCAAGUAUACAUUGGCACCGGAUCGAGCAUCAAGGUAAAGCAACAAUCUACUACUGUGUAAGGUUCAAG